GGAUCCUACUAUGUAGUCCAGGCUGAUCUUGAACUUGAGAUCCUCCUGCCUCUGCUUCCUGAAUACUGGGAUCACAGGCAUGCAUGGUCAUAUCUGGCUCUGAAGUAUCUAUUUCUUUGGCCACCUUGCUUCUUUUCUUUUUUUAAAACUUGAGACUACAUAACUGAAAUGUUCUUUAUUUCUAACACCCCAGUACAUGAGUAGAUCGGUUUAACAGAAAUUUAGAUAUGUCUCAGAGGGUCUCUUAGUCUUAGAGCUAAUAGGUUUGGGCACCAUCCCUUGAUCCUCCCAAACCUGGUGCUUUAAUCUUACGAGUUCAUCAUCCCUGCUCAGUUUCUACCCUAGGUCCUGAUGUGCCACAUCCUAACCAAAACUAUGAACCUAUGUUCCUGGCUUCUGUGACCGUAGAGUGCUGGGGGAGAUGGGAGCUGCUGAGGACCAAGGACAAGAUAGACAUUUCCUUCUGGGAGCAAACAAGGUGGUGGCUUCCUAAGCAGCUGCCUUUGUUUUCUGUAAACAGUGUCUCAGCUGUGCUCUGUCCCCACUGUGCGCUACAGCGUCAGUCCCUUCACUCCAGCCCACACUGUACAAAGCAGGUCUUCUCUACAAAAUGUGAUGAUCGCUGUUUAUGGAAGGGAAGCCAGUGGCUUAAGGCACGUUGAAUAAUGACUCGUCCCUGUUUCUAGUUCUACGGCUAGUUCAUUAUACCACCCUGUCUCACAAACUCAGCUCUUGGUGGCCCAAAGCUAGUUCAAAUAGCUGAAGAGGUCAUCCAGAGACAACCUGGAAACCCUGAAGCAGGGCUAACUUAUGUUGGGGAAAGAGGCAGCCGCUUCUCAGCUCAUUUUUUCAUGUUUAUUCUGUCCUCCAUGCUCUAAAAGGAAAACGAACCCAGGUUUGAGAGAGAAGGAGGGGGGCAGGGGGCAGCGUGAGCCACAGAAGGUGGAUAACCCCUGCUGAUUGGGAGAUCCUCCCAGAGGGCUGGCCUUCUGCAGUUGCCAAGCAACAAGUGUAAACAGGAAAGGAUCAUGGCCACUAACUACAGUGCCAAUCAGUAUGAAAAGGCUUUCGCACCCAAGUACCUGCAGAACUGGUCUCCUGCCAGGCCCACAAAAGAGAGAGCAGCCGCCCAUGAAGGUUACACUCAGAUUAUUGCCGACGAUCGAGGUCAUCUCUUACCUUCAGUGCCCCGUUCCAAGGCAAGUCCUUGGGGCUCCUUCAUGGGCACCUGGCAAAUGCCCCUGAAGGUACCACCUGCUCGGGUGACCUUGACCUCCCGCACAACAGCUGCCGCCACCUCCCUGACCAAAUGGAUACAGAAGAAUCCUGAUCUACUCGCUGCCUCCAACGGGCUGCGUCCUGAAAUCUUAGGCAAGCCCCAGGACUGUGACAGAGAGAAGAAACAGAAGAAACCUGUCACCAAGACUGUACAGCAAGCGGCAAAUCCCACCAUAAUUCCCAGUUCCCCGGCUAUUGAUGGCGACAAUGCAGAUGAAACUCAAAGCUCACACCCCUCUGCAGGUCACACUCCAGGUCCCCAAACUCCAAUCGACUCUCCAAAGACCCCACCCGCAAGCCCAUGUUAGACUAUCCAGCAUGUAGGUCCUAGUCUAGCUGAGGUCUAGACAUGCAGAGCUGCAACUCUGCUGGGAAAGAGCGUGAGAUGACAUUUUAGGGACUGAAAUAGAAUGACCCUGUACUCAGAAACAUGGAGCAGAGAAAUGAUGGGCAAAUAAACAUUGUUUCUUAAAUCUU